UUUACCAUCACUUAUUGGCCACUCUAGACGUGCGCGACGAAUAUGCAUCGCGCGAAUGUCCCUGACCUGUCCUUCCUAUCUGUGCAGCUCCAAAACAUGAUCGCCCAUGUCCAAUUUCAAAAAGAGCUGCGAAAACUGCCGCGCGUGGAUGGAAUACGCAUAGUUAGAACAGGGUCAGCGGACUGGAGUGGCGUUGAUAUUCAGCUCGCCGUGGUCAAGAAAAAUUACAAUGCUCAUGAAGGUGUCGACGGGAGGAUCGAGUUUGUAGUUCGCAUCUCGCCUGCGUUUCCAGCCGAAUCGCCUUUGAUUUCCUGCACUGCAGGGGCUGAAAAACUUCCCCACUCUUUGUUUCAAGAUGGUCGACUCGAUUUGUUGUCGCGGGGAUGGCCACAGGGAUACAGCUUACGUCUCCUGAUAAAAGAGGUGUGCGCGAGGAUAGAUGGGUCGAGUAGUGCAGCUUGCGCCCCCGUGCAACCACUAUACGAUGUUAAUGCACCGUUGCCAACGCCAUCGGCACCGACGUUAUACUCCGACAGGCCCGGAAAAGAUGAUUCUCGACAAAUGUUUUUCCAAUGCAAGUGGAAGGAUACAGCGAAGCAGUUCCCCGUGCCAAUGAUUCGGACACUGUUAGAACUUCGACAAGUCAUUGAGCCGCAUUUUCCAGCCGCUAUGCACCCUGGAGUUUCGUUGAAGCUCCUCAAAAGUCCCCAAGAAGCGAUGAAAUUAAAAUCGGAUGAGGAUGUGCGGUGGCUAUGCUCCAGCAAUCUACCGGUCGUGUAUAUUCUUCUUCAAGGACUGAAGCGUCAAACUCCGAAGAAACCCGGAACUCUGUCUAUUUCCCCUACGCGUACCCAGUUAAGCGCACCUACUGAUGUCGCUACUGUGGAUCUACUAGGAUUGAACCAACAAUCUCCGAAAAAAUCCGUCGGAGUGGCCCAGCCUCCUUCACCUUCGCGGCUUGAAUUGAGAUCACUUUCCUUGAGUAAGAUUCUUAAACCAGGGUGCACAGUUCGGGAAGUUGAGUGGAAUGACCUUGCAAUUCAAAAGCAAAUUGGAAUUGGCAGCAGCUGUCAAGUUUAUAAAGGUAGCUGGCGAGGAGCAGAGGUUGCGGUCAAGUCCUUCACCGGUAUUGAUCGCAGCGCCGUAGAACGUGAAUUCGCAAAUGAAGUGGACAUGAUGCAGCAACUCGGUCCCAAUCCAUCGUUGGUUUUGCUCCUCGCGGUGUGCUCUAACCCUCUUUCCCUCGUAGAUAUUAAUCUCCCGUUUUCACUUUUCGAGCUCAUCAAUGGUGUUCCAGACAGAACGCGGCGAGUACCACCGUUUCCGACUUCCUGGACUAAGCGAGUUCACAUGAUGUUUCUCCACUCCUUUGAAAUCAUCCACAGGUUUGUUCGCAUCUCUAUCUUCUGUGCACGUUUUUCAAUGUGGUAA